UCCUGCAUUCAGAGCGAGAGAGGAGGAGCGAGGAAGAGGAGGCUGACGGGGAUGAACGGCGGGAAAAGCGCGCUCCAGCUCUCCGCGCCGCAGAGCGUCAUCCUGUGCGGCGACCUCGAGACGAACUGCACGGCGCGCACCGCGGGAACCCUGACGCUGGCGUCCGCGUGGAGCGACAACGAAUCGGCGGUGGAUGCGCUCCGGCUCGUGGAGCUCCAGCCUCCUGCCUCGAUCGCCCCAACGGUGGCGAUGGUGUCCGAAGCCCCGCCCCCCUUCCCCACAGUGGACGUGCCCGACCACGCACACUACACCAUCGGCUCCGUCAUCCUCGCCAUCGGCAUCACAGGCAUGGUCGGGAACUUCCUGGUCAUAUACGCCUUCUGCAGGAGUCGCAGCCUGCGGACGCCAGCCAACAUGUUCAUCAUUAACCUGGCGAUCACAGACCUGCUGAUGUGCGUCACCCAGACGCCCAUCUUCUUCACCACCAGCAUGCACAAGAGGUGGAUCUUCGGAGAGAAAGGCUGCGAGCUGUACGCCUUCUGUGGCGCUCUCUUCGGGAUCUGCUCCAUGAUCACGCUGACGGUGAUCGCAGUCGACCGCUACUUCGUCAUCACGCGACCCCUCACCUCCAUCGGCGUGUUGUCACGGAAACGGGCCCUCCUCAUCCUCAUGGCGGCGUGGGCCUACUCUCUGGGGUGGAGCCUGCCGCCGUUCUUCGGCUGGAGUGCGUACGUCCCCGAGGGCCUGCUGACUUCCUGUACGUGGGACUACAUGACGUUCACUCCGUCGGUGCGGGCGUACACCAUGCUGCUCUUCAUCUUCGUCUUCUUCCUGCCGCUCUUCAUCAUCAUCUACUGCUACGUCUUCAUCUUCCGCGCCAUCCGCACCACCAACCAGGCUGUGGGGAAGGUUAACGGCAGCGUUCACAGUCACGGCAGCAGCCGCGACUCUGUGAAGAAUUUCCACCGGCUGCAGAACGAGUGGAAGAUGGCGAAGAUCGCCCUGAUCGUCAUCCUGCUCUACGUCAUCUCGUGGUCGCCGUACUCCACCGUCGCCCUCACCGCCUUCGCCGGGUACGCAGACAUGUUGACCCCCUACAUGAACUCUGUGCCCGCCGUCAUCGCCAAAGCCUCGGCCAUCCACAACCCCAUCAUCUACGCCAUCACACACCCAAAAUACAGGUUAGCGUUGGCCAAGUACAUCCCGUGUCUCGGCGUCUUGCUCUGUGUCCGUCAGCGAGACCUCCGCUCGACCAGCAGCAGCUUCAUGUCGACGCGUCGCUCCACUGUGACCAGCCAGACCUCCGACAUCAGCAGCCAGUUCAGGAGGCAGAGCACCGGCAAGUCCCGCCUCUCCUCCGCCUCCGACAGCGAAUCAGGCCUGACAGACACCGAGGCCGAUCUGUCCAGUAUGGGCUCCAGACCAGCCAGCCGCCAGGUGUCCUGUGACAUCAGCAGAGACACCGCCGAGUUCCCAGACUUCAAACCCUCCUCCAGCUUCAAGUCCAAGAUGAAGAACCACGACUCAGGCAUCUUCGAGAAGCAGACGUCCUACGACGCUGAUGUCUCCACGGCAGGAGCCCGAGAACGCAGCAGCAUCCCAAGCAGUGGGGAUCCUGCAGAAGGACUCGCCAUGAGAGGGGCGCUCGGUCGAAUCCCCAGCAUCGUCAUCACCUCUGAGUCCAGCCCGUUCCUUCCCAUUGGACGAAAAGGUUCCUGCACUGCGCGCUCCAAAGCAGCCAACAGCAAUGCAAAGGCGGGGUCUGGAUAAAGCCCCGCCCCUCACCUCCCAGCCAAUCGCCUGCAGCCACCUGACCAGCCAGUCUGAAAUGCUCAAACACACAGAUGAGGUCCAAAAAAACAAAUAAAGCCUUUAGAGGAAGUCAUCACAAAUUUACAAAAAGUGGUGAUAUGCAACAUUCAUAUGUUAUACUGACUCAAAAAAGUGUAUUUAGGACUUUAACACUGAAUUAGAAGAAUAUAAAGUAUUAAAUUGUUCCUUAGAGUACUUUGUCCAAGAAAAUGUUCCUGCACCUGAUUUCUGGUCCUUGAGUCAGAUGGAUGCAAACAGACCAAAAGGUAAAAAUGUUUUCCUCUCCAGGUGAGUUCCUAUGAGACACAUGAAGGCCCCCGAGCCCUUCGGGAAAUGUUUUCUCGUGUUUCAGGAACUAUUAAUACAUGAUGACUUUUGCAGACUUUUCUACACACCCUGUGGUUUCCUGUUUGUGUUCUUGUUGUUGUCUGUUGCUGUUUUGUGUUUUUCCAGCUCAGUCCUCUGCAGCGUCUUGUGACAAUUGGAAAGUUUUUCUGCUUCUCUGGCAGUAAACUGAAAUAUUAAGUUAAACUGCUCACUGAACCCCACUCACAAGGCCAAAGUGGAAUGAAUGGAUUAAAUCUGGUGUUCUGGCUGAUCAGCUUGUUGCCUACAGUAACCCACCGUUACAUCUAGCCAGGAGCAUUUAGUUAGCAUUGUUAGCAUUUCUGCUAAUCUUAACGGCCGUCUGUCUCUCUUUCUCCACUAAAUGUGAGGACAUUUACAGACCAGCAACUCCAGCCAAAGCUGUUAUGCCACAUAUCUGAACAACACAGCAAUCAGUCCUUAUCCUAAAAGCUUUAAUUCCUCUCAAACAGGACUGCAUAAAUCCAGACCGUCGUACACGUUUUCCUCUUCAUACUUCGAACACUAAGACUAUUUAGUGCUACAGAGCAUUUAAAGAACAAAGAGUUUUUGCUUGGGGCCUGUUAGCAUCAUAUUGCAGGUUAAACAGAGCCACAGAAUGUGUAUUUAAAACAAAUUUACUGCUUUUACAGCCAGUUUACAGAGCUAAGCUAUGUGGUUAGCUAGCUAGCUGUGGCUGGUAGAAAUUUGCUCCCCCUCGUUAAAAGAAGGAAAGACAGUCAAUGGCUUUGUGAAUCUGUUUUUGACUACCACAAUCUGAAAUCAGGGGUCUUUAAUUCACAGAAAUCAUCAAAGAAAUUUGUCCUGACUGUAUAACAUGACUGUAUAACCACCUGAAACUAAUAAUUAUAAUGAAUAUCUGUGUACCUUUUGGUGUGCCAGCAAAUCCUACAGACUGUACCUUUACCAAGCAGAAAACUCUUUGUUCUUUAUCACGAAGUCCAGUUUCAGAUAGAAGCAACUUGACUUUUCAAGAAAGUACUGACAUAUAAUUCAUAAAGGAAUUCCCGUCACUUCAAAUGCACUACUGCAAUUUUGACAAAGGUACAUUUUAA